CGCGCGGGUUGGGUUGGAAAAUUCCGGCAAGCCCAUCCCUACUCCCAGUUUCGACGUUUUCCAACACAGCUGCGCGUUAAGAAGAAGAAGAAGAACCUUCAGGUCCGAGCCGUAAGAGAAAGCCAUCGUUAGCAACUUUUGAGCGGCAUAUCGAACUGUGUGGCGUAUUUUAUUAGUUUUGUGAAGUAACCGAUAAAAAAAAUCAAACAAAAUGUCGACAGUCGAUAAGGAAGAGCUGGUCCAGAAGGCUAAACUGGCCGAGCAAUCAGAACGCUACGAUGACAUGGCCCAGGCCAUGAAAUCCGUCACAGAGACUGGCGUUGAGCUCUCAAAUGAGGAAAGAAAUCUGCUCUCCGUUGCCUACAAAAAUGUGGUCGGUGCCCGCAGGUCAUCGUGGCGUGUCAUCUCCUCCAUCGAGCAGAAAACCGAGGCAUCCGCUAGAAAACAGCAGCUCGCCCGUGAGUACAGAGAGCGUGUGGAGAAGGAGCUGAGGGAAAUCUGCUACGAAGUUUUGGGACUUCUGGACAAAUACCUUAUUCCAAAAGCCAGCAAUCCCGAGAGCAAGGUGUUCUACCUGAAGAUGAAGGGUGAUUAUUACAGGUAUUUAGCCGAGGUUGCCACAGGAGACGCACGCAACACCGUCGUUGAGGACUCGAAAAAAGCCUAUCAGGAGGCGUUCGAUAUUGCAAAAACCAAAAUGCAGCCCACACAUCCAAUCAGAUUAGGUCUUGCACUCAACUUUUCCGUCUUCUAUUACGAAAUUAUCAAUUCACCAGCGAGGGCUUGUCACUUAGCUAAACAGGCGUUCGAUGAUGCGAUAGCCGAGCUGGACACACUCAACGAGGACUCCUACAAGGACUCGACACUCAUCAUGCAGCUGUUGAGGGACAACCUGACCCUCUGGACGUCCGACACCCAAGGCGACGGCGAUGAGCCUCAGGAGGGCGGCGACAACUAACCAAACAACUAAGCAAAUGUUUCCUUUUUGACUAUGCAAAUAUUAUUCAGUAAUACAAACAAACAAAAACCAGAAACAACAAAGAGAAACAAAUAUUAUAAAAACGCAAACAAAACCAGCAAAGCAAAACAAUUUGAAAUGAAACGAUAAUCCAGGCGAGAGAGAGCAGCAGGCAGGCAGGCAGAAGGCAGAAAGCGCGAACAUUUGAGACAUUUACAUACGAAUUGAGGGCAGGAUGCUUCACAGUUCAUUUGGGGCCGAUGGGCCGGCAUUUGAGGCUGUUUCGCCCGAUUUUCACGGGUAGUUCGUGGCCCCCCUUUAUACAUAUAGUCAAAAUGUAUGGGAGGAGAUGCCGGUCGAUCUGACUCAAAUGUAGCCACUGCAACUGCUUAAGAAAUACAGAAAAAUACAGCAUCGCUGUGCGGGCCAAGUGAAUGCGGAGUAUUUCGGAGUUUGGAUGGAUAUUUCCGGUUUUUGAAUCAAAUUAAUGUAGAAGAUAUUUCGCAAUCGAGUGUUUUUCUCCCCCCCCCCCCCCAAAAUCGAAACGACCAAACUCUGGAUGCUCCGAAUUUGUUCGCCCUGGCGAUGCCUCGUGUGGAUUUCCUCCUUACAAAACAAAGAAAUAAAUAAUAUUCCUAACUGUAUACACAAGAAAUGAAAUGAGAUAAUCGGUUAUUAUACAUGUUUUUUGCAAGAGUCUAAAUUGAUUAUUUAAUUUUCGUAUGGCAACCAGAAACAAAUGCAAAAGAUACAGCAACAACAGCAAGAGCAACAGCAACCAAGCGAACCAAAUGAGAAAAACAAAAAUAAAAACAAAAACUUAUGUAUUAUUUGUAAUUCUUUUUCUAAACAAAUAAAACCAAAAAAAACCUA